CGGAAAGGCGCCUCCAAAAUAGUCAAAACAGCAACGCGCAGUAGGAUUGCGCGACUCGCCUUCUCCAGUUCUCCGCCCGACCGCCCCUGCCUAGUCUCCCCCCUCCCUCACGCCUGGACUGGACUGAAGCCGGGGGGAGAGAGGAAAAAUCUCCCCAGGGCCGCGGGCAGUCGCCGGUCUCGCCGGCCUUCUCAGACCACCCGCAUUGCGCUUCCCCGCCCAGCUAUAAGUAGUCGCCGGACAAGGCGGCCGACUCAUCCCAUCCCAUCUCAUCUCAUCUCAUCCAUCCCGGAGCAGAGGCAAUCCAAGGAAAAGGCGCUUCUUUUCCCUGUUGGGAGCAGAGUUGCAGGAGAAGCGUUUGGGAGGCUUCUUGUUCUUUCCUGGGUCCAGUGGUGGCAGCUGCUGCUGCGGAGGUGAAGAUUCGAGCUUCGAGGUGUUCUUGGGGGGGAAGAGUGAGGAUGGCAUUCGCGGUCUCCGACGAGAUUCUGGGCACAUUCGUGCCGAUUGCGGUGUACUGGCUCUACUCGGGGCUGUACGUUGUGCUUGACGGGCUGGGCAUGGACGACUACCGGCUCCACCCCAAGGGGGAGGAGGUCAGGAACAUUGUUUCCAAGUGGACAGUCGUCAGGGGCGUCCUCGUCCAGCAGGCGUUCCAAAUCGCCGUCUCACUGCUCCUCUUCACGGUUCUUGGUGAUGAGAGUGGAACUGUGAGGAAGCAACCUUCCGCUCUGGUAAUAGCUUUGCAAUUUAUCAUCGCAAUGUUCGUCAUGGACACAUGGCAAUACUUCAUGCACAGAUACAUGCACAUUAACAAAUUCCUGUACAAGCACGUCCACUCCAAGCAUCACACUCUUGUUGUCCCUUACGCCUUUGGAGCUCUCUACAACCACCCGCUGGAGGGACUCAUCCUGGACACCAUCGGGGGUGCGCUCUCGUUCCUCAUCUCCGGUAUGACCCCAAGGACAGGCAUAUUCUUCUUCUCCUUCGCGACCAUCAAGACCGUCGAUGACCACUGCGGGCUCUGGCUACCCGGGAACAUCCUCCAUCUCUUCUUCAGCAACAACAGCGCUUACCAUGAUAUCCACCACCAGCUCUAUGGCAACAAGUACAACUUCUCGCAGCCCUUCUUCGUCAUGUGGGACAAGAUCCUCGGAACAUACAUGCCUUACACUCUCGAGACCCGCAAGGGAGGCGGGUACGAGGCGCGCCCGGUCAAGCUCAACCAAGCACAGCAGACCAGCAAGACUGAUUAAGCAGCGCGGUUUCUCCUGUUUUCUACUACUUGCCCUGAUUUUUUUUCUUUCUGACUGCAUUUGUGUUGUAGAAGUAUUUCCCUGUCCAUAUAGUAAAAAUCCUUUAGGCACAUGCCAUCCUGUACCAAGUUAUAGCAAAUAAAACAUCGUGUUAAAGGAAAAUCCCCACCCAGGCAUGUUCCCUC